AUGGUGGAGGAGAGGAGGAGGAGGAGGAGGAGGAGGAGAGGAGGAGGAGGAGGAGGAGGAGGAGGAGGAGGUGGAGGUGGAGGUGUAGGUGUAGGUGUAGGUGUAGGUGGAGUAGGAGGAGGAAGAACAGCAGAAGGAGGGGGAGAUGGAGGAGAAGGAGGAGGUGGGGAGGAAGAACAGGCGGUGGAGGAAGGAGAGAAGAAGAAGAGUGUAUGGAGAAAGAUAGGUGGAGGUGGAGGUGUAGGUGGAGGAGGAGGAGGAGGAGGAACAGCAGAAGGACGGGGAGAUGGAGGAGAAAUAGGAGUGGAGGAAGAACAGGAGGUUAGAGGAGGAGUAGGGAGGAAGAACAGGAGGAGGUGGUGGGAAGGGGGAGGAGGAGAAGGAGAAGGAGAAGGAGAAGGAAGAAGGAAGGAGGAGGUAGGAGGAGGAGGAGGAGGAGGAGGAGGAGGAUGGUGGAGGAGAAUUUUCAUGUAUUCAAGGUUAUCCGGCAUCAUACAUCAUUGGUCAUUGAUGAUGGAGGAAGAAGAAGAGUGUAUGGAAAAAGAUGAGGAGGAGGGGGCCGAGGGAGGGAGAAUAUGUGGUAAGGAAGAGGAAGAAGAAAACAGAAAAAAGUGA